GAGGUAGAAAACCAAAUUUUGGUGGAUUCGAAGACAUAGAUGAUUGGUUUCAAGAACGAAACCUUGAAGAACAUCUCAGAAAUGCUGAAGGAUGGCGGCAAUGCAAAACAAAAGAUGAAAGAAAGCAGCAUAUUUCUGAUACACAC